CGAGCCAAAACAAUGCCGGGCGGCGGCGGCGGGGCUGGGGGAGACGGACGGGACGGGACAGAGGGGUCCCCACUUCCCUCCGAAAACUGUUUGAUAUCAGGCGGUGGAUUUGUUGGGUUGGUUUUUUUGGUUUUUUUUUUUUUUUGUUCCCCCACUUCUUUUUUCUCCUCCCCCCGCUCUUUUUGUUGAACCAAAUCAGAAAUGUCAGUCAGUGCGAGUGAGUCAGAAGGGAUCAGAUUACAAGAUCACUGAAACUGAUGUCGGAUCCGCGCACACACACACACGCACACACUGAGGCAGAGGCGCGGGCUGCUCCCCGCGGGAGGCGGGCAGGGAUAAAAUAACCACCAACACCCGCCGGCCCUCCUCUGCCACCCCUGUCCCGUGUGGUUCCCGUAUACCCCCCACCUCUCCCCUCCCCCGGAGAAUGCCCGCCGGCCGCGGCGGGGGCCGGCCCCGCUAGCCGCGGCGGCGGGGGAGCGGCGCGGGGGCGAGCCGCGGCGGCCCCGGCCCUCGCCCAUGGGCAGCGCGGGGGCUCGGCGGCAGCGACGGCGGCGGCAGGUAUUAGUACAAGGAGAGCUGAAGUAAUGAGAAGUCAUCAUGGAGGCGCAGUCCCAUAGCUCUACCACGACGGAGAAGAAAAAAGUGGAGAAUUCCAUCGUGAAAUGCUCCAGUCGAACAGAUGUCAGUGAGAAAGCUGUUGCCUCCAGCACAACUUCCAAUGAGGAUGAAAGUCCUGGGCAGACCUAUCACAGAGAGAGAAGGAACGCGAUCACAAUGCAGCCGCAGGGUGGGCAAGGCCUCGGCAAGAUCAGUGAAGAGCCUUCCACGUCGAGCGAGGAAAGGGCCUCAUUAAUCAAGAAGGAGAUCCAUGGAUCUAUAUCGCACCUUCCUGAACCUUCCGUACCUUACCGUGGGACGCUCUUUACCAUGGACCCCCGAAAUGGUUACAUGGACCCUCAUUACCAUCCGCCUCACCUCUUUCCAGCAUUCCACCCUCCUGUACCAAUUGAUGCAAGACAUCAUGAGGGACGCUACCAUUACGAACCAUCUCCCAUUCCUCCUCUGCAUGUGCCUUCUGCCUUAUCUAGUAGCCCGACAUACUCUGAGCUUCCGUUCCUUAGAAUUUCCCCACACCGAAAUCCAGCUGCAACAUCGGAGUCUCCCUUCAGCACCCCUCACCCAUACAUUAACCCCUACAUGGACUACAUCAGGUCCCUGCACAGCAGCCCGUCCCUCUCCAUGAUCUCAGCAGCCCGCGGACUCAGCCCAACAGACGCUCCACAUGCUGGCGUCAGUCCAGCUGAAUAUUAUCAUCAGAUGGCUCUGUUGGCAGGCCAGCGCAGCCCGUAUGCAGACAUCAUUCCUUCAGCUGCCACUGCUGGAGCCGGUGCUCUUCAUAUGGAAUAUCUUCACGCCAUGGAUAGCGCCAGGUUUCCGAGUCCGAGGUUGUCAGCUAGACCAAGCCGAAAGCGUACGUUGUCCAUUUCCCCCCUAUCUGAUCACAGCUUUGACCUUCAGACCAUGAUACGGACAUCUCCAAAUUCCUUGGUCACAAUUCUCAAUAAUUCUCGUAGCAGUUCCUCAGCCAGUGGUUCUUAUGGCCACUUAUCUGCAAGUGCAAUAAGCCCUGCUCUGAGUUUCACAUACCCUCCUACACCAGUAUCCCUCCAGCAAAUGCAUCAGCAAAUUAUAAGUCGUCAGCAAACCCUAGGUUCAGCCUUUGGACACAGCCCUCCACUCAUCCAUCCUGCUCCAACUUUUCCUACCCAGAGACCUAUCCCCGGCAUCCCCAGUGUCCUGAACCCUGUCCAGGUCAGCUCUGGACCUUCUGAGUCCACACAGCAGAAUAAACCCACAAGCGAAUCUGCAGUGAGCAGCACUGGAGAUCCAAUGCACAACAAGCGCUCCAAGAUAAAGCCCGAUGAGGACCUCCCCAGCCCGGGUGCAGGAAGCGUGCAGGAACAGCCAGAAGGAAUGACCCUGGUGAAAGAGGAAGGGGACAAAGAUGAAAGCAAACAGGAGCCUGAAGUGGUCUACGAGACAAACUGCCACUGGGAAGGCUGUUCCCGGGAGUUUGACACGCAGGAACAGCUAGUGCAUCAUAUAAACAAUGACCAUAUACACGGUGAGAAGAAAGAGUUUGUGUGCCGAUGGCUGGACUGUUCCCGGGAGCAGAAACCAUUCAAAGCGCAGUAUAUGCUGGUGGUCCAUAUGAGGAGACAUACAGGGGAAAAGCCACACAAAUGCACUUUUGAAGGUUGUACAAAGGCCUACUCCAGACUAGAAAACUUGAAAACGCACUUGAGAUCUCACACUGGAGAGAAACCAUAUGUGUGUGAACAUGAAGGCUGCAACAAAGCUUUCUCCAACGCGUCCGACAGGGCCAAGCACCAAAACAGGACUCAUUCCAAUGAGAAACCAUAUGUUUGCAAGAUACCGGGCUGCACAAAGCGCUACACAGACCCCAGUUCUCUUCGGAAACACGUGAAGACCGUGCAUGGCCCGGAGGCACACGUCACCAAGAAGCAGCGGGGAGAUAUCCACCCAAGGCCUCCGCCACCGAGAGACCCAGGCAGCCACUCUCAGACCCGGUCACCAGGCCAUCAGACUCAGGGUGCAAUUGGUGAGCAGAAGGACCUCAGCAACACUACCUCAAAGCGUGAAGAAUGCCUCCAAGUGAAAGCGGUCAAGUCAGAAAAACCAAUGACAUCUCAGCCAAGCCCUGGUGGUCAGUCUACAUGCAGCAGCGAACAGUCCCCCAUCAGCAACUAUUCCAACAAUGGGAUCGAGCUUACUCUGACUGGUGGCGGUAGUGUAGGAGACCUCAGUGUCAUCGAUGAAACCCCAAUCAUGGACUCUACCAUUUCCACAGCCACCACAGCACUUGGCUUACAGGCCAGGAGGAAUAUGACAGGGACCAAAUGGAUGGAGCAAGUGAAAUUAGAAAGGUUGAAACAAGUUAAUGGAAUGCUUCCAAGACUGAACCCCGUUCCACCUUCCAAAGCCCCGACCUUGCCACCUCUCAUAGGAAAUGGUACCCAGUCAAACAGCAGCUGCAGCGUAGGAGGAUCCAUGACUAUUCUGCCGAACAGGAACGAACUUUCAAGUACGGACAUCACUGUGUUGAACAUGCUGAACAGGAGGGACAGCAAUACUAGCACAAUCAGUUCAGCCUACUUGAGCAGCCGCAGGUCCUCUGGCAUCUCACCUUGCUUCUCCAGCCGGAGGUCCAGCGACGCCUCCCAGGUGGAGGGAAGACCACAGAACGUGAGUGUUGCAGAUUCCUAUGACCCCAUCUCGACGGAUGCCUCCCGGCGCUCCAGUGAAGCGAGCCAGUGUGAUGACCUGCCAAGUCUUCUCAGCCUCACCCCGGCCCAGCAAUACAGGCUGAAAGCUAAAUAUGCAGCAGCUACUGGUGGACCCCCACCAACUCCACUGCCUAACAUGGAGAGGAUGAGCCUCAAAACAAGGAUGGCACUCUUGGGUGACUGCAGGGAGUCCGGAGUAUCUCCACUGCCUCCAGUGAAUGCCCCUCGAAGAUGCAGUGAUGGUGGGGCAAAUGGUUACAGCAGGAGGCAUUUUCUGUCUCACGAUGCUCUAGGAAACGGGACGAGGAGAGCCAGCGAUCCGGUAAGAAUGGCCUCUGACAACCUCUCUGUCCCUAGAGUCCAGCGUUUCAACAGUCUUAAUAGCUUUAACCCUCCUGCUUUGCCUCCAUCCAUGGAAAAGCGCAACCUUGUUCUUCAGAACUAUACCCGUUCUGAGGGUGGCGUCUUCCGCGGCUUCAGCUCCCCCUGUCCUCCGAGCAUCAGCGAGAACGUCGCCCUGGAGGCUGCUACGAUGGAAGCGGGUGGCAGUCUGAAUGAUGAGGAUCUCCUGCCAGAUGACGUGGUUCAGUAUCUGAAUUCCCAGAACCAGGGCAUGUAUGACCACUUGUUGAACAAUGUCCUAGACAGCAACAAAAUGCAUCACAGCUCAGUGUUAGGAAACAACAACCCCAGCAACUUUGACCAAGCCCCUCCACCAAGCAGUCAGCAGGCAGGUUCCGAGGCAAACAAGAGCGAUUUGCCCAUUCAGUGGAACGAAGUAAGCUCAGGAAGUUCUGACUUAUCUCCUUCGAAACUGAAAUGUGGCCAGCGCUCAGCAGUGCAGCAGACUCGGGCCUUCGGACUGUAUAACAAUAUGAUGGUUCAGCAGCAGAAUCUGGAGAGAAGCAACGUGGCCCAGCAGAGUGACUAUCAGAACCUGGUGGAGAACAACGGUUCCUAUGGUUUACAGCAAAAUAUGGUUCUUGGCAGCGGAGCUGGUAAUUCUUUCGGUGUGCAGCCCAAUAAGCCUUACAGCGAAAGCAUCGGCAGGCAGGCAAUGAUGUCUGGGGCAAUGGACAAUUCUUGUGGCGUGGCAGUUCAAGGGCAGAAGCUGAGAAGCAGCAAUGUGCCAGUGACUGGGAACCAGCAAAAUUUCGGCCAUCCCAUGGCAUCCAGUGAUCAGGCCACCAGUAUGACAAAUGGGAUGCAGAACAGGAAUAUGAUGGAACAGGAAUAUUUGCAAAACCAACCGAUCGGAGACGGCGUUCAUUACCAGGGAGUCAAUCAAUCCAGUCAAAUGAUGCUAGGGCAGGUUAGUCCUACCUCACGAAGCAGCCUGUAUCAAGGGCCACAGAGUUGUCCACCGGUGUCUCACACCAUUGGUAACCAGCCUUCUGGUUUGUUGGUAACCAAAAGUUACCAGCCGUGCUCUAAUUACAGCGGUAACAGACGGCAAAACGUGUUGAAAAACAACCUGGCACAACAGCAAGGACAUGUAAGUGAUGGCAACCAGAUGUACAGGGUAAACACCAUUAAGAUGGAGAUGCAAGGUCAAUCACAGCAGUUCUGCUCUAACGUGCAGAAUUACUCUGGUCAGUUAUAUGACCAAACCACGGGCUUUAGCCACCAAGCUAUGAAAACAGGUUCGUUCUUUGGUUCAGAAGCUAACUGCCUGCUGCAGGGGACUGCGACUGCAAACUCAUCCGAGCUUCUUUCCCCGGGGGCUAACCAAGUGUCGAGCACAGUUGACAGCAUUGACAGCAACAGCCUAGAGGGUGUGCACAUUGAUUUUGAUGCUAUCAUAGAUGAUGGGGACCAUGUCAGCUUAAUUUCAGGAGCCCUGAGCCCAAGUAUCAUUCAGAAUCUCUCCCGCAAUUCCUCACGCCUCACCACUCCCCGAGCGUCUCUUACAUUCCCAGCUAUGCCCGUAAGCACAACCAACAUGGCUAUUGGGGACAUGAGCUCUUUGUUGACCUCACUUGCAGAAGAAAGCAAGUUUCUUGCUGUUAUGCAAUAGACAUAAUGAAAAUAAAAACAAACCCUUAGGAGAUAACAGAUGAAAAAAAAGACUCAUAUUUUUUAGUUGUGUAUGUAUUUUAGCAAUCUCAUCUCACCUAAAUGGGAUGUGUUUCAAGUAUAUUCCUUUUAUGGAAUAAGGACUCUGAAAACCCUAAAGUGUUCUAGGGAGAAACUGUCUUCCAUUUCAGUUUUGAAUCAGUAUUGCUACACCCAUCCUCCCCCUUCUCUCUCUUUUCUCUCUCUCUCUCCCCCCCCCCUUUUUGAAUGUCUGUAUGCUUCCUUUUUCUUUUUUUUUUUAAUUCUAAACCAAUGUAAACGUGUGAAGUGCAUGUUUUUGUUUUGUUUUGGGAUUUUUUUUUAAAGAAAGGUCUGAUGAAAUGACUUUGCAAUUUUCUGUUACUCAAAAGAAACUAGACCUCAUAAAACUGUCGUAACUUUCCCCCCUAAACAUAUAGGCACAAAAUAACCAGGCACAAUGUGAAGUGAGUGUACAGUGACAAAAUACUCAAUGGAUGCAUUGGAUACAUCGCACUGAGGUGGACAACCAGUUUAGAAAUGCACAGACAUGGUAACCCUAGGCUGUAGUUUCAGAGUCAUGGAGCACAAGAAAUUAGGAAGUUCAAGCAAAUAACAAAUGUAAAACCAUCAGCCCUUUGAUCCCAAGCAAAUGUUUAAGGUUUUUGUAAUCACACACACAGAUAGAUGUCACUGCCUUGCAUAAUGACACUGUGUCAUGUUUAAUCCAUUUCAGAGGAAGGAGGAGGCCAGAAAGCUAUUCUUGGGCCAACUCUCAUCUUUUGCAGUAUUUGGUAUUCUGUUUUUCAGCCUUCAUUUUUAAAUGACUGGAUAGUAAAAUUAUGGGCCUGUUUGGUGAUUUGGAUAGUCUAUAAUCCCUUCAUUACAUACCACAUUUGUGGAGAGACGAUCAGGGUCUUAUGGAAUAUUUCAUACAAUGAAAUAACAAAAUUGCAGUAUUCCAUACUGGGGACUCCCUUUUUUAAAAAAAAAAUACAAAUUGUUGAGACACAAUUUGCUGAGCCACUGGUUCUUAUUUGCAUAAACAAUUCUUUUGCCACAACAACUGUCUUGUACAUCCCUUUUAGCACAUACAUCUUUGUGGAUGGGUUGUAUGUUUUAAAAUGAGUAAAUGCUCAUUGACUUAACACACAGUUACAGCUUCAAAAGCAUCAUGGUCAUGGCAUGUAAAACAAGUAGAAAAAGAAUGGCCCAGUUCUCAGACUAGCCAAAUAAAUCAAAGCAAUUGCAAGCAAUCUGAUAAUCUUAAAUGUUUUUCCACUGUAUCCAGGCUUUACAAAAUUAAUAGAUUUUAAACUGCUGUUAAAAAUAGCAAAGAAACAAGCAGAACAGCAAGUAUGUCUCAUAACUAACCAAAACUCAAAAAGACCAACCCAACCUUUCUCAACUUGGUGACACCAACAUGCAUUUCAUUUUAAGGCAAACCAGUGGGUCAAUGCCCAGGCUCAGUUACACCAGCAAAAAUUGGAACUAACGCACUGUGAUCAUGAAGCUACUCACUGGUAGAGGUGAAUGGCAUUUACUCCAUAAGCACUGGCUCUUCUAGCACGUUUUUCGCUGUGCUGGGCUCCAUGUCUGCACCCCUGAACACACAGUGCGCCUGGGUAAACAGGUUGGGAUGGAGAACAGUUACAAGACUGACGUUUAAGAAAAAAAGGUGAAAUACUAGCUGAUUCAGGGCAUGGCAUUUGAGGAAUGUGUAGGAAUACAACCUAAGUGAAGCUGUCUGAUAACACUGAUCUAUUAACAGCUGUUAGAAUCAGAGGAAGAAGCUGUAAAUCAGUAGGAAAACAUCAUAGGAAUCCGGUGCUGGGGCCGUAUUUGGGUUUAUCACAGCAUGUACCAAGUGAUUUGCACUGUGAGCUGGAAUGUCAGAAAUUAAGACAAAUGUAAAUAUCCUACAGCUUUUAUCAUCAUCCAGCUCCUGUCUGUAUCUUUAGCAAGCAUUUCUUUCUUCCUCUGUCACAUGGAUGUCUAUUCCCCCGUCCUGCUCGUUGCCCUUUGCCGGUUCCCCUCCCAACCUCCCUGCCCAUGACCAGCUGUCACAGUCCUCCUGCAGUGGUCCCUGGCCUGCAUGGGGAGUCGGGCGCUGCUCACCACGGCAAAUGGUUGGUUUGCUGUUGCAACGUGGCAAAGCUGCUCCCCAUCACACCCUCAUUGCCCAGAGGCAGCCCUGUAGAGACCCACUGCCUGUACACAGCCCGUGCCCCUGCCUUGCUGCCGGGGCGAGGAGGGAUGCCUCUGGCUGGGCAGGUCACGGGGGGAUAAGGGAUGCUUUGGUGUCUGCGCUGUACGUUGCAGUGCUAUGAUACAGCUGACACCCCUGCUGAGAAACGGCAGCGUAUGCAUGAGGGAAGGCUGUGCUGGACGUGUUUCAGAUGGUUCUCGGUAACCAAUUGCUGGCUGUUUAUUAAGCCAUCAAUUACAUGUUUAUAAACAAUUUCAACAGGGAGACUUAUGACCAGCUUGGGAGUAGGUGGCUUGGGAGAGGAGCCUUUUAUUGUUAUAGAGCCAAUACAUUAAAAAAAAAAAAAACCAACAAAAACUAUUUUUUUAAACUCAAUUUUCCAGUUCAUAAUUGUAUUUGCUGCUCCAGUUUAAGCUGGGAAGCUAUUAACAGAUGUGAUCCAUCAGAGCUUAGAAGGAGCCAGUCACAUUGCUCAAGGCUAAAAGGGACUGUUUGAGUAGCUAAUUUGCCUUCCUGGAUUUGACAAACCUUCGUCACUCACUUACCCCUGUCUUGAGCCAACAGUGUGUCUUGGCCGAAACCACAUGCUCCAGAAAGGCAUCCCAUUUUGAUUUGGCAGAGUCAAAGAACCAGAGACUCCACCACGUCCCCAACGAGUUUGUGCGAAUCGUUUAUUAUUUUCACCAUUAAGCGUAUGUGCCUCUUCUCUUAUGUUCAUAUGCCACUAUUCAGCUUCUCGUAUCUUCUUGUGCUUUUCUGGUUUAUGCUAAAGAGCCUGUUUUGAUACCUGUGAGGGUAUCAAUGCAUUGUAGCCCAGCUGUCUUGGGUUUUGGUUGUGUUUAGUAGGGUAGACUGGACUC